GCCUGCUACCGGAAGUGCUGAUGUUUGUAACUGUCGUGAUGGCUUCAAGGUUACUCCGCGGAGCUGGAGCGCUGGCCGCGCAGGCCCUGAGGGCCCGCGGUCCCAGUGGAGUCUCCGUGGUGCGCUCUAUGGCGUCUGGAGGUGGUGUUCCUACUGAUGAUGAGCAGGCCACUGGGCUGGAGAGGGAGGUCAUGCUGGCUGCACGCAAGGGACUGGACCCGUACAAUAUUCUCGCCCCAAAGGCAGCCUCAGGUACCAAGGAAGACCCUAAUUUAGUUCCCUCCAUCACUAAUAAGCGGAUAGUGGGCUGCAUCUGUGAAGAAGACAACAGUGCUGUCAUCUGGUUCUGGCUGCAUAAGGGCGAGGCCCAGCGAUGCCCUAGCUGUGGAACCCAUUACAAGCUGGUGCCCCACCAGCUGGCCCACUGAGCCCCUGCACUAACUCACUCAAAAUGUGAUAUAAAGUUUCUUCUUUCCAAUAAAGACUAGCCAUUACAUUGGCUUCUCCUCCCAUA